AUGAAAGGGUGUUCGUCUUCACCAAAAGGAUCUCCAGAUCCUCAGUCGAAACCUGAUGCCGCUGCCCUUCUUGUUUUUGUUUAUGCUUCAAGUUAUUUCAUAGCUUUUGGGGGUUUACAGGCACACAUGAACAAUCCCAUCGACUGUGAAGGUUUUAGGAUUUCAAGAUCAAAGUUGGUCGUCUUUGCGAGUGCGGCUCUUAUAAUAUUUGAUACAUGCAUAAGAGGAUAGGGACACUAUAUCUGUUUUGGCCUUCUAGGUGAACAAUUUAGAAAAGGGUGAAGUCUUUUCUCUUGAUUUUCUGAAGUUCUUGGGGCACCACAACACCUCUGUUCUUUGAGAAUACAUACAAACCCACACAUUUGGUCUCAGGUGAUUCAAAGAGAAGGGGAUGAAAAGAAUCUGAUCAAUAUCUUCUUAAAUACGUUCUAAUGGUAAUUCUAAUAUUGGAUAUCUACUGAUGGAGGUGAGAUUCGUAGCCAUCACUGACAGGAGAACACUUUCCUUCCAUAUGGGUUUCAUUUUGAAUCAGAUAUAAACCCAGAAACAAUGAUACACAUGCAGUUCUAGUUAAACCAGC